AUGGCCAAUACGCAUCCAGCAUUGAGUGUCGACAGCGAUGAUCAUGAAUUAAGACGCGGUUUGAAGGCACGCCACAUCCAAAUGAUUGCCCUUGGUGGCACUAUUGGUACCGGUCUUUUCUUGGCUUCUGGUCGAGCUAUAUCCAAUGGAGGUCCAGGUGGUGCAUUGGUUGCCUAUGCUGUUCUUGGUAUUCUUGUAUAUUGUGUCAUGAUGAGCAUGGGUGAAAUGGCCGCCUACAUUCCUGUGGCUGGCAGUUUUGCUCACUUUGCCUCUCGGUUUUCUGAUCCAUCGCUUGGAUUUUGCGUUGGCUGGGUCUACUGGGCCAAUUGGGCUGUUGGCGUUGCUGUCCAAGUUACCGGUGUUGCCAUGUUAAUGGAAUUUUGGCUUCCAGACUUUCCGAGUUAUGUUUGGUCAAUCAUAUGUCUUGUGAUUCUUAUCGGCUUCAAUGUUUUUGCUGUCAAAGGCUAUGGUGAAAUUGAGUACUGGUUGUCUGCCAUCAAGAUCCUUACGGUUAUCAUCUUUAUCAUCGUCGGCUUUUGCGUUGUUACCGGUACCGCUGGCGGUAACGAAAUUGGCAACCGCAACUUUCAUUUAGAAGGCGGAGCAUUCCCUAAUGGCUUUCUUGGUUUCUUCAAUGUCUUGGUAACAGCCGCUUUCUCUUUCAACGGUGUUGAAAUUGUCGGUAUCGCAGCUGGUGAAUCCGAGAAUCCCCACAAAACUGUUCCUACUGCCGUCAACCAAGUGUUUUACCGUAUCGUUGUAUUUUAUAUGAUGUGCAUCCUGGUGAUCGGUCUCUGCAUCCCGUACACCGAUCCAGAUCUGCUCCGCGGCAACGACGAUAUUUCCGUCAGUCCUUUUACACUUGUGUUUCGACUUGCUGGUGCAGAAUGGGCUGCUCACUUGAUGAACGCCAUUAUCCUGACUACGAUGAUCAGUGCAGGCAAUUCAGGCGUCUACUCUUCCAGCCGGACUUUACUUGCCAUGGCCGAAAACGGCAGCGCUCCCAGAUUUUUCACCCGCUUGAACAGAUGGGGCGUUCCAUUAUGCUGCUUGAUUGGCUGCUUGGCAUUUUUGACAUCGCUGUUCAGCUCAGGUGUCGUAUUCAACUGGCUCACCAACUUGACUUCGGUUGCUGGUUUAGUCACCUGGGUUUCCAUCUCAAUCACUCAUAUUCGUUUCCGUAUCGGUUAUCGACGACAAAAGCUGCCGCUGGAUCAGUUGCCAUACAAGUCGCCCUUGUUUCCGUUCCUCGAUUUGUUUGUCAUUGUCAUUGGAACGAUCAUUAUCUUUGGCCAAGGAUACCAUACAUUCUUGGAUCCAAUCGAUGGUGCCGAUGUGGUUGCCGCUUACAUCGGUCUAAUCUUUGCUGUUGUGAUCUACGUUGGCCACAAGGUGAUUAUGCGCCCAGCAUUUGUAAAAUCGCUCGACAUGGACUUUGUCACUGGAACGAUACCCAUCGAUCAUAACAAAGCGGAACAAGAAAAGAAGCUUCCUUUGAAAAAGCGUAUCUGGAAGACUUUCCUUACCUAUGUGAUCUAAUUCACCCCCACCUCUAUACUCAUCAUCCCUCAACACAUCACUGGACCAUCUAGUCUUCUCGCAUUCUUCACCCGCACUAUUCUUUACUUCAUGUAUACUGUAUAAAUUAUUGAC